AUGAGCAAGGAAAACCGGAGAAGGCACCUGGCCGCCAAUAUGGCAGGGCUGGUAAAGAUGGCCGAGAUGGCCGUUGUGCUGGCCGAGGAGGGGGAGGACUCUGACCGUAUCAAAGAGUUGGAACAGGAGAAAGCUGCCCUCACCUCGAGUUCACGAAAGUUGAAGGCUUCUCUGGAGCGCUCCGAGGAGAUGUUCCGUGAGCAAGCCGAGCUGCUGACGGCGGAGACAGAGUUGCUGGCUCUGGAGAAAGAGAACUCGGGGAAGUUGGCCGAGGAGAGAGACCUUUUUCGUGCGGACCGGGAACGUCUGGAAAUUGACAACGGGCGCCUCGCCAGAGAGAUCGAGGACCUAAAGGCCGCUAUGCUUCCUGUCGAGGACGAGUCAGAGGAUACAACUCCUUUGAGGAGUCGAUUGGAACUGGUCGCUCGUAUCCAACUUCUCGAGGGGGACUGUGUCGGAGCUAUGGCGGACGGCUUUGAAGCCGCGGUCAGCCAGCUUUCCCUGUUGAAUCCCGGCCUGAACACUGAAGGGGUGAGCCAUAUGUCUCAGAUCAUUGAUGGUCAGGUCGUGCCUCCUCCCGACUCUCUUGUUGUUGGUGAUGGUAGCUCCGGGGAAGCUGAGUUGUGA